AUGUCAGUGGGCAGGCUCCUGCCUGAAGCCGAUGACAGGGAAUCUAAAAGGGCUCGAGCGAGUCUCACGCCCUUAAUCGGAUUCUCGGAUGAGGACAAACUGGGAACCCUUCAACCCCACGACGACGCCCUAGUCGUCACGCUCAGAAUUGGGGGUUAUGACGUGAAGAGGGUGCUAGUUGACCAAGGCAGCGCCGUGGAAGUAAUGUAUCCCGACUUGUAUAAAGGAUUGAACCUGAAGCCAGAGGACCUGUCGGCAUACGACUCCUCUUUGGUUAGUUUUGAAGGAAAAACAGUUACCCUGAAAGGCAUGAUCAGGCUGCCUGUACAAACAGACUCAGACGUGGUGGAAGUGAACUUCAUUGUGGUAGAUGCGUACUCCCCCUACACAGCCAUCGUGGCCCGCCCGUGGCUUCAUGCACUAGGGGCUGUGUCGUCAACCUUACACCAAAAAGUGAAGUAUCCGUCAGGAGGUCGAGUGAAAGAAAUAAUAGGGAAUCAGGUGAUGGCCCGGCAAUGCAUCGUGUCAGCAAUCUCACGACGACCAAACAGUGAGCCCUCCACCUCAGCCGAGAAGGGCUUAUAG